AUGAAUGCCCAAAGUGAUAAGGAACUGUUUGAGUUUCUAUCCAAUGCCCCAAAGGAGUUUCGGGACGGUGAAAGAAUCAAGAAGUUUCAGCUGAAGAAUGGAGAUUAUAUUCAUUGUGUAUUAUGGAACAUGCAUUUCUUCAUUACAGGGACAGACAUAGUGAAAAUACUAGUUUGGAGGUUCCAAAAUGCUGGAAGAUGCCUUACAAGUCUAAAAAAAUUUGAGGAGGGAGUGUUUUCUGAUCUGAGAAACUUGAAACCGGGGAUAGAUGCAACGCUUGAGGGUCCUAGAAGCGAGUUUUUGGAGUUUCUAUACAAGAACGGUUGCAUAAGAACUCAAAAGAAGCAGAAGGUUUUUUACUGGUAUAGUGUCCCACACGACGCUUUGUUUUGUGAUGCAUUAGAAAGGGAUUUGAGACGGGAAACAAACCUAUUUACGUAUAAUAAGUAUAUUAAUAAUCUCACAAGAAAUAGCAUGUUGCCUCAUGGAAUGGUUGGAUUUGUAAGCCAUACAAGGCAGAAUAGCAAAAGAAUGGGAGGAGAUGUGGACCCGCGAUAUUUAAGGGGGAUAGAAAAUAAAGUCCUGCCAAUGGGGAUGAUGUACAGCCAGGGAAGGACGAUGCCACAGCAGGAUAUCCUUUUCGACCAGCAAAUGCAGAAAAAAACACCUACUGCACCAUCUGUUCCAAAAUCAUCUCCAAAUAUAUAUGACAAGCAAUUCGAGGAAAUACAGAAAAAUGGAUUUUUGGAACAGGCUUUUCCCGCAUUCAACAUUAAGGAUAAAUUGUUUUCAUCAGGAGAUCAACAGCUGGAGUAUGAUCUCCAUCGAACAGAUGGCCUAUGUAAUGAUUUAUUCAGCACUGCAAUAAUAGAAAAGCCUUCAGUAAACCUAGAUGCAGCUUCUCCUAAGCGGAGUAAAGACUAUAACAUAGCACCAUCUUCAUUCCUUGAAGACCUUCCUGAUGGAUUUUCGCUUGACGACUUUGACUUCCUCAAGAAUCGGGCGGAAAAGAGAGGAAGAGAGGACGAAACUAGAAGUUCUCUCAAGGAAGGAGCUAACCAAAGGAUUCCCCAUGAUGGCGUCACUUUGAUUCCAAACGCGAAAGGUAGUCUCCAAAAAUAG